GCUCUGUGCAACUCUGUACAACUUUGUUGACAAAUAAACCCUAAAGUGGUUUUGAGUAUUUUCUUUUCAAUUCAAUUCUAUAUCUUUGGGCGAUUGGUUGUUUGAAAAUUGCGUCGGGCGAUGUUGUGCAUAAAAAUAAAAUAACAAAAUUGAAGAUAAUAAAUUAAAUUUCAAGUUCUAAUGACGUGCAUUUGUGAUAGCUAUCCAAAUAAAGCAAGUGUAUAUUUAUGAACGUAACGCGAAACCAGAGAGAAGUGAACAAAGGCACGAAAGCGUUGUGACGACGGAAAGUUUUUUAAGUGAAGUUUUUAUGYGAGGAAAUUUAAAUAAAUUAAACAAGGAAAGACUGACAAUAAUUACAUACAACUUCCAUAGUGUUGUUAGGUGUAAUAAUAACAUAACAAACUAGCUAUURGCGGCAUAACAUUGGGAAUUACUCCGCAACUACUGCUUCAUUGUUACAACUUUCAGGACAGCAUUUUAGGAAUUGUUCAAGGAUUUGACAGCAAAAUGGCAGCGGAAGGCUUGCGUCAAUGUCUGCUGCUAUGGAGCGUCGACUAUUGGAAUCUAGAAGUUAUGGCUGACAGUGCUUUCAAGUCGCGUGACAUUGGCUUGCGUGCCCAGAAGAAGAUCCUCUCGCGCAUGGCCACCAAGAAUAUAGCGAAAACCUUUAUUGACGGCACAACAGCAUCGCUUCUUGAUAAUUUAUAUCGCCUUUGUAAAAUGCAUACGGGCAACAAAGUUAAAGCGGAGAAGCUGAUAAAAAAUAUAAUAAAAAUUGUUAUCAAAAUUGGUGUCCUACAUCGAAAUAAUCAAUUCAGUGCCGACGAACUGAAGGAUGCGGAAGUCUUUAAGCGGAAGUUUCAA